GGGCGGACUGACCAUUUGGAAACUCGGGCACUGCCCGAGGGCCCGGGGUCAGUAGGGGGCCCCGUGAGAUGCCCCUGUACCUUUUUCAUAGGUUUUUUUUGAGUUUGGGCAAGGACACAGGGGCCCCAUUAUCCCCUAUUGCCCGGGGGCCCCAUGAGUUGUCAGUCCGCCCCUGUAUUGAACCCUACGGACUAAGACUGGAAUGCCUUUAAAGUUCAUGUGCGGGGUCAGUAGGGGGCCCCAUGAGAUGCCCCUGAUACCUUUUUCAUAGGCUUUUUUGUUGUGGGCGAGGGCACAGGGGCCCCAUGAUCCCCUAUUGCCCAGGGGC